AAGCCGCAGAAUGUCAUGGUGCCGGCGUAACCAGCUGAGGAGUCGUUUAAAAGGACAUGGAUGACUUGGAAUCAUUUCGGGCUCGCUAUCCCUUUGAUGACGAUGCUUACAAUUACAUCGUGAAUUCCUCCUUGGAGGUGCAACAGGAGGUGUUGCGGGACUUCAAGCCAAAGCAGGAAGGUGAGGAGGACUAUUCUGCUCUCGUCAUGGGAUUCACGAAGAGACGGCGGCAGCUUGACAAAGAGCGCCGGAUGCAUGGCGGAUACGCACCGCCUAAUCAGAUGAUGCCGGAUCAUGGCAAUGGAUCUAUCCAUGACGAGUUGCAGGCUUUCCUAGAUCGAUAUCCAGUGGAUGAGGAAGCCCAGCGAUUCCUCAACACGUGCCCUCCACAUGUUCAGCGGAUCAUAUUCCAAACCUUCAAGCCGAAGAGAGAGGGCGAAGCGGAUUAUUCUGCCUUGCUCAUCAGCUUUGCCAAGCGGAUUCGGCAGUCGCAGCCAAAGGCUGCUCCCUUCAUGGAUUUUGCUGCGCCCUAUGAGCACAUCGUGCCUCCCAGAGACUUGAGGCCAGCAGGAGGCGGAAGUGGCUACGGACGUGUUCAAGGUGUCAACUAUGAGGCUUUCCGUGCACGCUACCCUUUCGACGAUGCGGCGCACAACUACCUGCAAAAGUUGCCCCCGGAUGUUCGCAUCCAUGUCCUGCAGAACUUCAAGCCCCCGCAGGAGGGCGAGAGCGACUACUCGGCCUUGGUCAUCAGCUACUGCAAAAAGACAAGGGAAGCCAUGCACCCGCCUAUGCAUCAACCUAUGCAUCACCCGAUGCAUCAACCCAUGCAACCGAUGCAUCAAGUCCCCCAAGGCUACCAAGGGCGACCCAGUUUGCCUCAAAGAGCCCCGUGGAGUCAGCCAGACCCGGCGCCUGUGGCUCCACGGGGAUUGAUGGGAGCCAGUGAUAGCAAUGCCAACAUCUAUGCACUGGAGGGAUUUCGUCAAAGGUAUCCCAUGGAUGACCGCGCUUUUGAUUUUCUGAAAUGUGCACCAGCUUUUGUUCAACAGCAGGUUUUGGAACAUUUCAAUCCUCAAAGAAAAGACGAAGCGGACUAUUCUGCCUUGAUCAUCUCCUUUGCCAAGAAAUGUCGUGAAAGAGAACAGGCAAACUUUGCGGCGAAGAGGCCCCGGAUGUUCUGAGUUGGAAUAGGUCACAUGCACCGUUCCUGGUAGCUGUAGCUGGACCUAUGUGCGCCCAACACGGGGAUGCACUGAUCUUUGUGUCAUUUCGUGUCGAUCUAUAUAUGGCCUAGUGGUGACGAGUACUCCCUAGUCAAGGAAUGAUGUAGGAGAAUAAAAAAUGGAUCACAGCAAAA